AUGGAGGUGAAGACGAUUCAGCCACCCGAGGAGAGGUACUGGACUGUGCCGAGAAUCUCGACUGCGUUCGUUGUGUCCUUCGGGAAGAUGAUACAGCUCUUAUGCUGCCUAGGUCUCGCUCCAUUCUAUCCGGAAGAGGCUAUGGAUCGAGGGAACAGUUCGAUACAGAUAGGUGUAGUUUUCGGAAUCUACCCUUUGGUUGGGUUCAUCUGCAGCCCGCUCAUAGGGAAAGUGCUAGCCAAAGGCUAUGCGCCGAAGAAGAUUCUCUGUGCCGGACUUGUUACGGAUUGCUUCUUCAUGGUACUAUUCAGCAUGCUCUACAAAAUCGAAGACUCAACGCUGUUUUUCUUAGGCAGUGUUCUCUGCCGUGGGCUCCAGUCGAUCGGGGUUACGAUGUCUAGCGUGACGUACUAUGGCGUCGCGGCGGCGAACUUCCCUGAUAAGAUGACACUCUUUAUUCCCAUCAUCGAGACGAUGUCUGGUCUCGGAGUCAUGGUGGGGCCGACCAUCGGAGGUAUUUUGCAUCAGUUGGGAGGCUUUCCCGCACCUUUUCUCACUUUUGCGGGCAUGACGUUCGCUUUUCUGAUCGUCACUUUGUGUCUGCUUCCUCCCGUCAGAGGUGAGUCGUUCCGGCAUACUGAAUCCUUCGAAGGAGGGGCUGUGCUGUCGUUGAAGGCCAUCAUCGCGGAUAGUCGAAUGCUGGUCGACGUAUCGAUGGUUUUCGCCGGCUUCAUCGCAAUCUCGUUCAACGACGCAACCCUGGCGGUAUUGCUGGAUCGGUUCGGUCUCAAUUCUGCCUACAAGGGAGCGGCUUUCCUGAUCUCUGCUCUGUGUUACUCAGCCGGCGCAUUAAUCUACGGUCGGAUAGGAAAGAAAAUGAGAGAUGUCCGAGUGAUAGCGAUUUUCGGCGGUCUUUGCCUGAUCGUCGCUUGGACGUUCAUGUCACCUGUACCGAUUUUCGAAUUCUCUUCAUCGCUGACGCUCGUCCUCAUUUGUCAAGCUCUACUCGGAACGGGGGCUGGCGCCUUCUACAUUUGUUGCUAUAGCCAUGGACAUUAUCAUCUCACUCAAAUGAAUGGAUUACCCGAUGAUUAUCGAACCUACUCGAUGUUGGCCGGGAUUGUACAGUCAUCGUUUUUCCUCGGAUCCCUAAGCGGAGCUACGGGCGGAGGCGUCCUCCUGGAGUACUUCGGCUACGGUUGGACAACGUUGAUGAUCGUCAUCACCAUCUUCGUCCUAACAGCAUCGGUUUCGAUCAGCGUGAUUUGCGACAAGAUUCGCCCACCGAAACCCAAAGUUGAGCAGGUUGAGCUCGAUAAGGUUGAGUCAGAAAGCCACGGAUACAUUGUUAAUCGUUUGUGA